CGAUCAAUCAAGCCCUCGGCCGGAUCCCUCCGCCGGACGGCAGAGCGAGGGAGCGAGGCGCGCGGCAGCCGCUGCACUGUGGCGCCCUCCGCCGUAGGGAAGAGUCCCGCAGUCUUCGGCUGGCAGAGCGGAGCCGAGGAGAAGAAGGAAGAGGAGGAGGCGGAGGAGGAGGCGAGCGGGACGGGGCGAGGCGAGGCAGCGGCGGCGGCUCAGCAUCUUUCUCCGCGGCUUCAGCACCACCCGGAGCAGCGGCGGGGGCGACGGAUCGGGCGGGGGCCGCCGGCUGCUUCUGGCCCUCCCUGAUGUGAGACGGGCGGUGGACGGACGGACGGGAGGAGGAGGAGGACGACGACGAAGAUGGGGGGCGCCUUCGGCCUGACCCUGGCCCUUUGCCACUCCGUGGGACUCUACCUGCAGCUCGGAGCCUCCUCGCGGCCCCCGCAGUGGGAGAACCAGAUCUCGGGCAACGCGUUUUUCACAGAGACACCCCACGACAUGACCGCCCGGGCUGGUGAGGACGUGGAAAUGGCCUGCUCCUUCCGUGGCAGCGGCUCCCCUUCGUACUCGCUCGAGAUCCAGUGGUGGUACGUGCGCACUCACAAAGACUGGACGGACAAGCAGAACUGGGCCUCCAACCAGCUAAAAGCAUCUCCACAGGAAGAACCCGGGAAGGAGGCGACAAAAAUAAGCGUCGUGAAAGUGGUUGGCAGUAACAUCUCCCACAAGCUGCGGCUCUCUCGGGUCAAACCGACGGACGAAGGCACCUAUGAGUGUCGCGUCAUCGACUUCAGCGACAGCAAAGCCCGCCACCACAAAGUGAAGGCCUACCUGCGGGUGGAACCAGAGGAGACCACUGAGCCCCACCGCCACAGCUCCCCCACUGGGCACCUGCAAGACACCCAGCUGCUGGGCUUGCAGCUCUCCGACCACAGCAAACUGAGCGGCUCCCACCCACAUCACCAGCACCACAAGCCAGGCAAGGAGCUCAAGAAACGCUCCGUGGACGAUGCGUCCUGUGCCCUCUAGACUGGGUUGCGUCCCGAGUUGUGGUACUGAAUGGCCUAAAUGGGGUUUCUCCCUUCUCCACCCCCACUCUUCCACACACACACACACACACACUUGCCCCAUCCCACUGGGUGGUGGGAACAUGACAUCCCAGUGGCCAGCCCGUAUUUGGGCCAGGUUGCUGAGGAACCGAUGUAAAACGAAUGCCACAAACUAGAGUCACCCCGUCCGCAUGAACCUCAUUGUCAGCAUCCCUUCCACUCGGUCAUAUAGAUAUGUAUUUUUAACAUUCCUUUCUAACUAUGAAUUUCUCCCCUUGAAUGGACAAUGGGCUGCUUCCGGGACUCCGGAGACGAAACGGAGCCGCUCCAGGGUGGAUUUAAACGGAGGGAGCCCAGUUGGCCGGGUUACACUGUCCUGCUGACUGCCUAUGUCCACUUGGGUAGCAGAGGGCAUCUUCCCCAAGGAACACAGCUGUGGAUGCCCCCCCGGCACCUUUGCGGGUGUCCAAGCAGGACUGUCUUCUCUGAUUGUCUUUUUGGAAGUAUUUAGGGUGUCCGAACAUGGGCCUGAGGCCACCUGCCUUGCUGUGAGGAGGUUUAAUUCAAAGCUGGACCUUCCCCCAGCUCUGGGGACACUUUAAGCCACACCUGACCCUCCUCACCUUUGCAUUGCUAGCUUCUUAUGCCAUUUGUGAACCCCCCGGAGAUGCUCCACCUUGCUUUGUAAAAUGAGACGCCCGAGGGAUGCCGUUUAGACCAUCCGUUUUAAUUCACUAGUAUCAAACUGUGUAACUAUGAAGUUGAUGACUGUAUAUUGUAAAUAUAACCGACUGUUUCUCCCUCCUGCAUUCCCAGGACACUGACCCAGCCCCCGUGAGUUUUCCAAGUGGCACCUCUUUGUAGCUGUGUGGAGAACCAGCAGGAUGCAUUCUUGGGGGUGCUGGCCGUUAAGAGCGGUAGACUUAUAAUCUGGUGAACUGGGUCCGCGUCUCCGCUCCUCCACAUGCAGCUGCUGGGUGACCUUGGGUUAGUCACACUUCUCUGAAGUCUCUCAGCCUCACGCACCUCACAGAGGGUUUCUUGUGGGGGAGGAAGGGAAAGGAGAAUGUUAGCCGCUUUGAGACUCCUUCAGGUAGUAAUAAAGCGGGAUAUCAAAUCCAAACUCUUCUUUUUUAAAAAAAAAAAGGGAGGCCACCAUUAUAAAACUGGUUGUCUCUUACGACACCCAAUUUGCACAGUAAUUUCAUGCAUUGCUGUGUUCUUUUUUAAACGCUCCACUCCAGUCUAUGUCCCAGAUACUAUUCUAGAGCGAUCCUGCAAUCUGGUACUAGAGCACAAUACUAUGGUGACAAUUUGCCAGCUGGAAAAGUUGAUGUGGAGCUCAGGUCCAAGAGCUGUCAAUCACCAGCUAUUGAGCACACAAAUGGUGGGUGGCGGAUUAAAUUCUCAGCACUGCUUCUUAUGAUUUUUUUUUUUAAAUUUGGGAAAAGUUUGGGAUCAGGUUGGGAUCCUCUUUUUUAUGUACUCCCUAGAGCAGUGGCACGGAGACAACUGUAGCGAGGCCUCUGUAUCUCAGUCGCUGGAAGUGAGAACAAGAAAUCUCUUAAGAAGCAGACCUUAGAUGGAUGUGGAGGCCACGCCGGAGGACCAGUAGAGUCAAAUUUGUGGGCAACCUGGGAAUAUAGACCCACCUGGGUGGAUACUUUUUUGGGGGGAAUGGGACCCCACCCUGUGGGAGUGGACGCCCACAGGUGGCUGCCACCCCAGCCUUGGCAAAAACUCAUGGGCACAUAGAAGUGGCAGGGACCCAAAAGAGCAUCUAGUCCAGUGCCCUGCAAAAUCACUCCUUAGAGCGGGGUCUGGGGAUGGCAAGGCUCCUGACUGAAACAAUUCUGGUCCCCCAAAACGAGAGCAUAAAAUGCAGAUUGCACAAGAAAUACCAAUUUUCUGGGUUUCAAAACCAGACGCCCAAACCACCCGGUUCCACAAGCCCCUUUCGUCCCCCUCCCCAGUCCUAUUCCUCUUGUAUAUAUUUCUAUUUGCUAUGUCUCGGGGGAGGUUGUUUGCAGAAGCAGGCAAGACUGGUGCAGGGAAAGGUAGUCAGCCAAGGGAGGUCAAUGUGUGUCUCAUCAAGAAUACAGUUUCCUGCUGCUGCUGCUGCCUCUGGGCAGAGGGUCAGCCUAGCUGGCUACGAGUAACGACCCCUUCCUUACAGCUCUGUGACUCCAGGCCCAGGGUAGGAGCCCCCUAUGCUGCACUAAGAGGGGAGGCAAGCAGCUUUCCCACAAUGCCCUGCCCUUACCUGCACCACACAAACCAGUCUGUAACCAGCUGAAGCGAAUAAAGUUCUUUAAAUGGG